AUGCCGGCCCCUUGGUUGCUGCUCGUCUUGGGUUUGACCCUGACCGGUGUACCUGGCGGCCGCGCCCAGCCCGAGGUGGCCCAGAAGGAGGCGGCCACGGCAGCCGAGCACCCGGGCCUGUAUGACGUCCUGCGCCAGGCGGAGCGCCUCCUCCUCCUCCGGGAAGACCUCCAGCGGCUGCGAGCCGACCAGGGCGAGCCCGAUGCAGGUAAGACCCUUCACCUUGACUGGCUCUCCAAGCGUCAGCAUCCAGGCAAAAGGGAGAAAGAGGCAGAAGAGGGAGUUGAAAAGGAGGAGGAGGAGGAAGAAAGGGAGAUCGUGGGACCCCAAAAACGGCAGCACCCUGGCCGGCGGGAGGACGAGGCUUCAUGGUCAGUCGAUGUAACCCAACACAAGCGGCAGCACCCUGGCCGGCGCUCCCCCUGGCUUGAGUACGCUAUCACCAAGAGGCAACACCCAGGCAGAGGGCUGGUGGAUCCCAAGGCCCAGAGGAGCUGGGAAGAGGAAGAGGACGAGGGAGAGCUGAUGCCUGAGAAACACCAGCAUCAGGGCAAGGGGGCCUUGGAAGGCCCAUGUGGGCCCUGGGGAGCCUGUGACCAAGCGACCUUCCUGCUCCGGCUCCUGGGUGACCUAAGCAGGGGCCAGGGAGCCAAGGAGAAGCGGCAGCACCCUGGGAGGCGGGCAGCCUGGGCCAGGGAACCCGUAGAGGAGUAA